ACCACUGAGAUGCGCAUGUUACGCUGGUCAGCGGGCGUCACCCGCCUCGACAAAAUCAAGAACGAGUAUGUUAGAGGUAGUUAUGGAAUCACUCCCAUCGUUCAUAAAUUACAGGAAAAACGAUUGCGCUGGUACGGACACGUUGUCAGACGACCCGCAGACCACAUGGUACGAGUAGCCCUGGACAUACCGACGACGAAGCGUGGGCGCGGAAGACCCCCCGCCACCUGGUUAACGACGGUCCAAAAUGACCUGAAGCUAAAUGAUAUUAACGCGGAAACUGCUCAAAACCGUCUUGAAUGGAGGAAACGGACAAGGAGAGCCGACCCCAGAUGAUGGGAAAAGGCGC